GGGUGUGGGGGGCAUAAGUGCGCGUGGCACUGCGGCUGGGUUGCAGCAGGCAGGCCAACAGCACAAGCGAGCCAAGCGGCGGCGGCGGCUGAGCUCGCGGUCGGUUCCUCUCACGCCCGAUCACCAUGGCUGAUGACCUGGACUUCGAGACCGGCGACGCCGGGGCCUCCGCCACCUUCCCCAUGCAGUGCUCAGCCCUGCGCAAAAACGGGUUCGUGGUGCUCAAGGGGCGUCCCUGCAAGAUCGUCGAGAUGUCCACCUCCAAGACCGGCAAGCACGGGCACGCCAAGGUGCACCUGGUUGGCAUCGACAUCUUCACCGGGAAGAAAUACGAAGAUAUCUGCCCUUCCACCCACAACAUGGACGUGCCCAACAUCAAGAGAAACGACUUCCAGCUGAUCGGGAUCCAGGAUGGGUACCUGUCCCUCCUCCAGGACAGUGGGGAUGUGCGGGAGGACCUGCGUCUGCCCGAGGGCGACCUGGGCAAAGAGAUCGAGCAGAAAUACGACUGCGGAGAAGAGAUCCUGGUAAGGGGGCAGUGCCAGUGGGGGGCUCCCCCUGGGUCAAACGGGCAGGGCAUUAACACCCCUUUGCUGCCCAGUGCGGCUGAGGCUCUCGGCAAACUCAGGCAGCGUCACUCCGAGGGCUGAGCCGUGACCCCGGUU